AGCAGGCGUGAGUUAGUGUCCUUAUCCGAGGCAGCCUGGAGGACAGCUGGCCAAGAGCUUGUCCACGUGCUUGACCAGCGCAGUUUCACUUUUGCAAACAUCUGUUUAUAUCCCUUGAGAGAAAAAUAUCAAGCACCCUGCCUCAACAACGCUGUUUUGGGCGGUGAGCAAGGGCAGCCUCCGAUGGAUAAUUACACAGUCACCCCGGAGGAUGAGUACGAUGUCCUCAUAGAGGAUGACCUGGACAACACUGGGCCAGACCAAGUUCCCAUCCCUGAGUUCCUUUCCGCCCAGCAGGUGCUACGGUUCUGCGGCGCCGUGUUUGCCGUGGGCCUCCUGGACAACGCGCUGGCGGUGUUUAUCUUGGUGAAAUACAAAGGACUCAAGAAUCUGGGGAACAUCUACUUUCUAAACCUGGCACUUUCAAAUUUGUGUUUCCUGCUUCCCCUGCCCUUCUGGGCACAUACUGCAGCACAUGGGGAAAGCCCUGGCAACGGGACUUGUAAAGUUCUUGUUGGACUCCACUCCACCGGCUUGUACAGCGAGGUGCUCUUCAACAUCCUCCUCCUCAUGCAAGGAUACAAGGUGUUUUCCCAAGGGCGACUGUCCUCCGUCUUCACAACAGUGUCUGGCGGUAUUGUUACCUGUGUCCUGGCAUGGGUCAUGGCUACUGCACUCUCUUUGCCCGAAUCUGUGUUUUAUGAGCCUCGGAUGGAAAGACAGAAAUACAAGUGCGGCUUUGGCAAACCUCACUUCUUGCCCAUUGAAGCGCCCUUCUGGAAGCAUGUUCUGACGUCAAAGAUGAACAUCUUGGUUCUUGCUUUUCCUCUGCUGGUUUUUAUAUUCUGCUGCGGGCAAAUGAGGAAAACGCAGAGCUUCAGGGAGAGGCAGUGCGACCUCCGCAAGCCCGCUCUUGUCAUAACGGGUGUGUUCCUUUUGAUGUGGGCGCCCUACAAUAUUGUGCUUCUCCUGUCUGCUUUCCAGGAACACUUGUCCCUGCAGGAUGAAAAGAGCAGCUACCACCUGGAUGCCAGUGUUCAGGUCACACAGCUCAUCGCAACCACUCACUGCUGCGUCAACCCACUCCUCUAUUUGCUUCUUGACAAAGCCUUUACGAGAUAUCUCUGCAGCCUGCUCCCACGGUGCAAUGAUAUCUCAUAUCAAAGUAGUAGGAACUCUCAGCAAGCAACGCCAAGGGAAGGUCAAGGCAGGCCCAUUGAACUGUACAGUACUUUGCAUCAAAGGCAGGAUAUAUAAACACUCAUCCUUGUCUCUUUUCACAUUGUUUUAUGUAAUUUUAUAUGUUUGUAUAAAAAUAGAAUAUAAGAGGAAA